UUCAGUGUUUGCAUAUUCACGUGUUCCUGUCUUUUUAUAUAUAAUUCUCAAUUAAUGUUAUUUUAGCCUACUGUUUGAUAUCCGCGGCAAAGAAUGAUCAUGGCAAAGCACUUGAUGAGAUAAAUUAUUUUUGUUCUAUUAUUAUUAUUAUUAUUAUUAUUAUUAUUAUUAUUAUUAUUAUUAUUUUGUAAAAAAUAUUUUUAUAUUAUUACUUUAUUUUGACUUGACCUGGCUAAGAUACUAUUUUCAUUCUGUAUCUGCGCACGUAGUGACAGAAGAGUUUGUGUCGCGUGGGGAAAGUUGCGCGAGGAGCUCCAGUGCGCGUGAAUCAGAAUGUGAUGAACACGAAGGAUCAUCUAAUGAUAUCAAACUCAUCAUAUCACAUGAACAAGGAUCGUCUCAUCCGAUCAAACACAUCAUCACAAGCUCCGGUGCUGCUCGACGGAUCAAAUGAUGUUCAACCGAAAGCGCGUGGACAGCUCGCGCGCCUGAAAUCACCAACCUGAUAAUGGACGCAAAGGUGAAGAACUAUUAACGGAGAAGAAAUGCUCCUGAACUUCCCCUUGAUGAGAGUCGUGUGUUUAGACAUACCAGGCGUACCUGUGGCCGAAUCACCCCACAGUCUGUGUGUGCGCUCACAGUCAGCAGCUCCCCUGCUUUAGGACAAUUUCAAACUGCCCUGCUGUGUUACUGCAUGUGGAGAGCUCUUCACCAGCCAUCCAUGAUGGACGCGUCUCUCCAGAGGAGUUUGAGUGUUUUGGAUCGUCUUCUCCUCACACACUCCAUAUGGUUGCAGCUGUCAGUCAACCCUGACUCUGCCCACCAGAUCCUGCAACGAGAGAUAGUCGGGACGUUUCUGGUGUGUAAGUGUAGCGCCUCCCACAGGAAGGUUCUGUGUGUGCGGGUGCAGGAGGGAGGUGUGUCACAGUAUCCCAUCCGUGAGGAAGACUCCACAUUUUCUCUAGAAAGUUCUGCCCUGAGCUUCCCUGAUCUCUGCAGACUAGUGGCAUUUUACACCAUCAGCAGAGAUGUAUUACCUUUCCCACUGGAUCUCCCAGAAGCAAUUAUACAGGCCACAACACACACCCAGCUGGAAAGCAUUUCGCAUCUGGGUUUAGAGUUCUGGAGCUCUCAGACGUCCCCUGGCCUUCCUAAUGGCCCCCCUCCACCCUCAGCGCCCCACCGGACAUCCAGAUUGAUCAGCCCAUGUUUUGUAAAUCCCCUGUUCCUUCAGCCUCCCCAACCCAGCAGAACUGCCUCACACAAACGCCACCGCUUCAAACGCAGCCUCAGGGUUCGUGUGUCCAAUGAAACCUCUCUCAGCCUGUCAGGUGGAGAAUCGGACCUAACCCAGGGGGAGACGCAUGGACAGACUGCCAACCAGGGAGGCCCAAGACGGACAGGAGGAUUGAGUGUGCUCAGGAGGACUCCGGCCCUCACUCCCACUUCAGAAGAGGAGGACGAACAGAUGUUGGGACAGAUACCACCCAGUAACUCCUUACCCCAAAGAGACAACACUGAACUCAACAAAGAUACUGAAGAUGGUGAGGUGUGUCUUGCUUUGGAAAGAACUCGUGCUCCUUCCCUUGCUGAACUGGACAGCAAUAGUUCUUUCAGCAGCCUGGAGGAGGAGGAAGCACAGGCAGACUUUGCCGCCCAAUGGCCGCCUGCCGCACGUGGUACUCGUUUCCCCUCAGCGAACCCGACCUCGACUCUGCGCCGCAUGACCGCCGCCUUUGUAUGCGUGUUUGCUCCUGAGCGCCGAGUUGCCCGAUUGGUGGAUGAACUCUCCCAUGACAGACGCUCCACGUUUGGGUCAUUGGUGCAGGACUUCUUAGAGAAACAGAGGCAGGAGAUGGAGGCCUCAACGCAUAGUUCUGCUGUGGAGCUGCUUCAGGGCAUGAGGAGAUUUCUGUCCCAAGCUAAAAUUCUCCUCCUUGAAGCAGGAGAAAUAGAACCUCCAAUUGAGACGCUGGUGCCUGAGAACGAGAAAGAUCUAGCCCUGGAAAAGGCUCUGUUUGGCUGCGUGUUGAAGCCAUUAAAGAUUCAGCUGCACCAGACGCUCGUCUCUCUCCACACUCAGGAUGGCUCUUUACAGAGGAUCACAGACAGCAUGCUGGCCUUCCAGGAAGGGGCACUGGAGCGCCUGGCUGUACAAGUGGGAGUCCUGGACGUUCGUGGUGUAGACAGAGCAAAGGCAAAGCUUACGCUGAUGCAGCGCAGCCAUUCGCCCAUUGACAAGGUGUUGCUUUUGCUGCAGGUGUGCAAGAGUGUGUACAAGGCUAUGGAGACGCAACCUGAUCAGGAAGUGGGGUCUGAGGACUUCCUACCAGCACUGUCCUAUGUGCUAGUUCAGUGUAAUAUCCCACAACUGCUGCUGGAGACGGAGUACAUGAUGGAGCUGCUUGAGCCGUCAUGGCUAACAGGAGAGGGAGGAUACUAUUUGACGAGUGUGUAUGCCAGCCUAUGUCUGAUCCAGAGCAAGCCUGGGACCCCGCCCACCUGCAGUCUGACCAAUGAGGCUCAAGAGUACUUGCGGGAGUGGAGCAGGAGGCGGGGCCAAGAAGCCAAGACCCAGAAGGACAGUCAGCAGAAACAGAGGUUCAUCCGUGUGUUAUUCCAGGACGACAUUCGUAGUGCAGUGCGGACUCUUCUCUGGAAGGCGGGGGAAAAUGUUGAUGCUUUAGCCCAGGCCUGCGCCGGUCUGUUCGGCGUGAGCGAGCCACAGCACUACUGUCUGUUCUGGAGAAGUGAAGGGGAAAUGCGUCCUCUACCGGCCCACACACAGCCUCAUCAGCUGGGCAUGCAUGAGGGAGCAUCCCUGUCGUACCUCCGCUGCGAUCACGACUUCAGCAAGAUGCGCAGACUGACCAGAGGCGGCGCCGUAGAUCUGGGAGAGUCGGUGUGUGAGGAGUGAGGAGAAGCAGGUGCAGAAUAUGACUUUAUAUUUUUUGUCACAUUCGUGGCAAGAGGAUUAUGGAUGUCACACAGUAUUUGAAUGCUGUAUAUGUGUUCAGUUCUAUGGAUGAUGGUGAUUAUUUUUGUUUGUGUUGGGUGUAAACUGAAAGCACAAUAGCAUUUCCAAUGAAUCAAAGCAAGAAGCGAGAUACUUGGUAAUAAUGCAAAAAGCAAUAUCUGCCAAACAGGAGAUCUAGAAACGCUGUCCAGCGCUCUGAGAUUCAGCUCUCACUUAUUGAUUGGCUUGCAGAGGUGUGUAUUGCAGAGUAAUACCAAAGUGUUGAACAUAAUACAAAAAAACUUAAUAAAAAUAUAUAUGUUUAAA